CCCCUCUCCGCUCCCUCCCCGUGCCCGUCCCGCCGAUCCUCGCCGUGCCCGGUGCCAGAGCAGCGGGGGUGGCCAUGGGGAAGGAUUAUUACCGCACGCUGGGGCUGUCCCGGGGCGCUUCCCCCGCCGACAUCCGCCGCGCGUACCGGCGGCAGGCGCUGCGCUGCCACCCCGACAAGGAUCGCUCCCCCGGCGCCGAGCAGCGCUUCAAGGAGGUGGCCGAGGCCUAUGACGUGCUCAGCGACCCCAAAAAACGGGAGAUCUUCGACAAGUACGGGGAGGAGGGCCUCAAAGGGGGAGCCCCCACCCCCGGCCCGGGGGGCUCCAACGGCCCCACCUUCACCUACACGUUCCGCGGGGACCCUCACGCCAUGUUCGCCGAGUUCUUCGACGGCCGCAACCCCUUCGACACCUUCUUCGUGCAGCGCAACGGCGACGACGAGGACGGCGAGGAAUCCUUCAACACCUUCCACGUGGGGGGGUUCGGCAGCGUCAGCUUCCCCCGGGGCCGCGGGGCCGAGGGGCGCCGCCAGGACCCGCCCGUGCUCUACGAGCUGCGAGUGUCGCUCGAGGAGAUUUACAGCGGCUGCACCAAGAAAAUGAAAAUCUCCCACAAGCGCCUGGGACCCGACGGGAAGACGGUGAGGAACGAGGAUAAGAUCCUGACCAUCGAGGUGAAGCGAGGCUGGAAGGAGGGCACCAAGAUCACCUUCCCCAAGGAGGGCGACCAGACGGCCACCAACAUCCCGGCCGACGUGGUGUUCGUGCUCAAGGACAAACCGCACGACGUGUUCCGCAGGGACGGCUCCGACAUCGUCUACCCGGCCAGGAUCAGCCUCAGAGAGGCCCUGUGUGGCUGCACGGUGACUGUCCCCACGCUCGAUGGCCGCUCCAUCCCCAUGGUGUCCCUGUCCCUGUGUGUCCCUGACCCUGUCCCUGUGUGUCCCCAGGCGCUGUGUGGCUGCACGGUGACUGUCCCCACGCUCGAUGGCCGCUCCAUCCCCAUGGUGUUCCAGGACGUGCUCAAGCCGGGGGUCAAGCGCCGCGUGCCGGGGGAGGGGCUGCCCUUCCCCCGCUGUCCCGAGCAGCGCGGGGACCUCGUCAUCGAGUUCGAGGUCAAAUUCCCCGACAGGAUCCCCCCGGCCUCCAAACCCCUCCUGGAGCAGAUCCUGCCCCUCUAGGGACCCCAAAAUCCUGCCCGGGGGGUGGG